AUGACUCUUCAGGCUAACGUUGCGACUGCUGGAAUGGGCCCAGAACAACCUGGGUUCCCUGAGGGCAGUGCACCUACUGAGCAAACUGGACUGGCCCAUUGGCCUUCUUUAUGGUUGCCCUCAGAUUCCUCUGAUUCCCCAAGUAUUCAGUUGGGUCAGGGAUUAGAGUUGGAGAGUUUUUCUUGUGGCUCCACUCUGGGAAAACCGACAUUGGAUAGCGGACCUGUCACAGAUGCUGACGGUGGCCCAGUGGUCCAUUCCUCUGAGACGGGGCCUCCUUUCUCAGGUGGUGGAGAACAUGAGUUGCAGUCUUUGGUGCUGGUCAUCAUAGUGACCAUCAUCACCAUUAUUGUCUUGGGUAACCUUCUGGUUAUCAUCGUUAUUGCGUGCACCUCCCAGCUGCAGACCACGACGAAUAUCUUCAUCAUGUCAUUGGCAUGCGCUGACCUCAUGAUCGGGGUGAUGGUGGUGCCACUUGGUGCCACAAUUGUCAUAACAGGGAAAUGGCAACUCACCAAGACUUUGUGCGAGUUAUGGACAUCAGUUAAUAUGUUAUGCGUCACUGCCAGUAUAGAGAGCCUUUGCAUCAUCGCAGUGGAUCGGUACAUUUCAAUCACGCGGCCUCUGCAACACAAAGUGCUCCUGAAUAAGUGUAGGGCUCGAAUUAUUGUUUGUGUUGUGUGGCUGGUCUCAUCCCUAAUCUCCUUUGUCCCCAUUAUGAAUCAUUACUGGCGUUUGGAUAUUGGCAAUGAUACAAACUUGAGAGAAUGUAACAAGGACCCCAAUUGUUGUGACUUUAUAGCAAAUGUGCAAUUUGUUAUACUUUCAUCAGUGGUUUCAUUCUACAUCCCUCUACUCAUCAUGAUUUUUGUCUAUGCACGCAUCUUUCUCAUUGCCACACGACAGGUACAGCUAAUCGACAAAAACCGUUUGAGGUUCCAAAAUGAGUGCAUAGAAAAUCAGGUACAGUCGAUGGACAACAGCAACUUGCCUUCGAUGUGCAAAAAUGUCAGAGGAACGACGGCAAGGCGGGAAAGUUCCCGAAGUCUACCAUUGAGAACAACCAUCGUCAAGGAGCAUGAAGCCCUCAAGACACUAAUCAUCAUGGGUGUCUUCACACUCUGCUGGCUGCCUUUCUUUGUGGCGAACAUCAUCAAUGUCUUCAAUCGAGAAGUGCCGGACAGGAACAUUUUUUGUUUAUUAAACUGGUUAGGCUACAUCAACUCCUGCCUCAACCCCAUCAUCUACUGUCGAAGCCCAGAGUUUCGUAUUGCCUUCAAGAACCUUUUUGGCUGUCCUUGGUUGCCCUUUCUAAAAAUGAACUUCCUUUUUAAAGGGCUUCGGACUCGAUGCCCCUGUUUCAUGGGGUCUACAGAGCCAGGAAUACCUGGAACAUUCCAGAAGACCCCCACAUUGCCUGAAGAAGGGAGCAGCCAGAGCAGCUACAGGAGUGAGGAAGCAUUGCCGGGACUGCCACACUCCAAUGGCAGCACCUUCUUCAGUGAAUUCCCCGAAGCCGAGGCAAAGUUAUGAGUUUUUCGUCUCAUCUUACUUAAGUGCUUUCAGUUAACUACCUGUAGAGUUUUACACUUUACCUUGAUAAGAUUUAUAUUAGUACUCACAAUAUGUCUGGUCAUUUUUUCUUCCGAAGUGCAAAAUUGUUUGUACUUCUUUAUUAUGCAUGUAAGUUUUUGGUCUGUAUUGACAAACAAUGAAUCGCUGCUAUGUCAGUAAAGUCAGUUUGCUCUAUAUCACAUGUCAGGUGAACUUCAAACCUGCUGUAAUAAUAUGAAAUUGGAUAUUGUUUUUACUCUGUUUAUAGAGGCUUUUCAGGAAUUUUUUUUCCUAGAAGCGGGGGACACACUUGUCUAUCAGAUGAAGCCACAAUGAAACGUUUUUUUUAAAUCUUGAGUUUUUAGGAAAUAAAAAAAAAAAAGAUUUUUCAAUUACUUUCAAAAAGUGGUAGGGACAAUAUCGGCUCAAGCGAAAAGUGGUCAGGACAUGUCCCACCCGUCCCACCCACAAAUUAUGCCUACUGUAUGUUAUGCAUUAAGGAAAACAGCACAUCUCAAACACAUUAAACAACGCAUCUCUAUCAGACUCACAAGCAGCCUUUCUGUCAGAGCAUCUGACUAUUGUUUAAAGGUGCUCCUGCAAUCGUCACACCAUUGUGAGAUAUGAACCGCAAACUUUUUUAUAGGGUUACAUUUUGAAACAAUAACAAUUUUAUAUGUCUCAAUGAUUUAGUUUGCUCUUUCUGUUUGAAUUUGUUUACUGCAGUUUUGCCACUCUUGUAGUAUUUUCCCAUUUAAUAAUAGUAAUUGAUAGGCCUUGUGCUUUGUUUCCUAGUUUCUGAUGUCAUGUUAGAGAUGUUAGAGGACAAUAUUUCUGUAAAUUUACUGGAUUUAAUAAAAUAUCGCAAUAA